AUGUUCGAAUGCUUCACAAAAAAGAGGAAAACGAUAGGCAACAACACAGACAAAAAAGGAAAAGGGGGAGCCAUAGCCAAAAGAUGGAAGCUCCUCAGUGGAAAGAAUAACUGGGAAGAUCUAUUGGACCCUUUAGACAUCGAUCUUCGUCGAUACAUAGUUCACUACGGAAAUAUGGCUCAAGCAGCUUAUGACAACUUCAAUUCUGAGAAGGCAUCAAAGUAUGCAGGAAGCUACAAAUAUGCAAAGAAUGACCUUUUCUCUAAGGUCGGGAUUGACAAAGGAACUGCAUUCAAAUACAGCGUAACAAAAUACUUUUAUGCGACCUCAUCAAUUGAUGUCCCGGAGGCAUUCCUUGUAAGGUCAUUUUCGAGAGAAGCGUGGAGUAAGGAAUCAAACUGGAUAGGGUUUGUUGCUGUGGCCACAGAUGAAGGAAAAUCAGUGUUAGGACGGAGAGAUAUUCUGAUAGCGUGGAGAGGAACAAUUAGGGCAUUGGAAUGGGUGAAUGAUUUCGAAUUUGGAUUGGUUUCGGCACCAGAAAUCUUUGGAAAGAACAGUAACCCUAAAGUGCACAGUGGCUGGUACUCCAUCUACACUUCAAAUGAUCCAAAGUCGUCCUUCAAUAAGACCAGUGCCAGACAACAGGUUCUUACUGAGAUUAGAAGACUGGUAGAAGAAUAUAAGGAUGAGGAAAUCAGCAUAACUAUUACAGGCCACAGCUUGGGCGCAGCAGUUUCUACCCUAAAUGCAGUUGAUAUUGUUGCCAAUGGAUACAACAGGCCUCAAGACAUGCCACACAAGGCUUGUCCUGUAACAGCUUUCGUUUUUGCCAGUCCUCGGGUGGGAGACUGUAACUUUCUUAAUACCUUCUCCCGUCUACAAAGUCUUCGAGUUCUACGUAUAAGAAAUGCCCGAGAUAUUGUUCCAACCUACCCAUUGAUAAAUUACACAGAUGUUGGUGACGAGUUGCCCAUUGACACUAGUGAAUCAAACUACUUGAAAAGUCCCGGAAAUUUGGGCAGUUGGCAUAGCUUGGAGGCUUAUUUGCAUGGAGUUGCAGGAACACAAGGGUCCAAAGGGGGAUUCAAACUGGAAGUUAAUCGCGACAUUGCGCUUGUUAACAAACAUAUGGAUGGCUUGAAAGAUGAGUACUGUGUUCCAGUUUCAUGGUGGUGUGAGAAGAACAAAGGUAUGGUGCAGCAGAUAGAUGGAUCCUGGAAAUUAUUGGAUCAUGAAAAUGAUUUUUGA